GUCCAGUUGCAUUUACUCCCAACUUCCAGAGACCACAGAGAUUCAGUUUGCCAAAGCUAUGUCUGAACUCCAGAGUGAGACUAAGUACAAAGAGGCAGGGAAGAAAGGGGUAUCUAGCAGUCUUUAUUCACUGCUGCCUGAGACAUUGGAAACCCAGCAUGCUAAGGAAGCCUCCCAGAUCCUGAGCGAGAUCAAGUAUAAAGAAGAUGGAAAGAAGGAGAUUUCUUCCAGUCUUUAUUCUCUGCUGCCGGGGACAACAGAGACUGAGUUCGCUAAAGAACUCUCUGACAUCCAAAGUGAGCACAAGUACAAACAAGACAGGAAAAAGAGGAUUUCCACUAGCCUUUACUCCCUGCUUCCAGACACAACCGAGACCCAGUUUGCCAAGCAGAUGUCAGACAUGCAGAGUGAGACUAAAUACAAGGAGGCAGGGAAGAAGCAGGCGUCCAAUUCUCUGUACUCCCAGCUACCUGAAACCCUGGAGACCAAACAUGCCAAGGAGGCCUCCCAGUUACAGAGCGAGAUCAAAUAUAAAGAAGAUGGAAAAAAUAUAAUUUCCAGUUCCCUUUAUUCACAACUUCCAGAGACAUCAGAUAUGAAGUUUGCAAGAGAAGUUGCCGAUAUUCAGAGUGAGAAUAAGUACAAAGAAGAAGGCAAAAAGAGUAUUUCAAUAAGUGUUUACUCUCAACUCCCAGAGACCUCUGAGACCCAGUUUGUUAAAGCUGUGUCAGAACUCCAGAGUGAGAUGAAGUAUAAGCAGCAAGGCAAAAAGCAGGGGUCCAGUUCCUUAUACUCUCAGCUGCCAGAGACCCUGGAGACCCAACAUGCCAAGGAGGCCUCCCAAUUGCAGAGCCAGAUAAAGUACAAGGAGGGAGGAAAAAAAGACAUUUCCACAAGUCUUUAUUCUCAGCUUCCCAAGACAAUAGAGACUCAGUUUGCCAAGGAGAUCUCGGAUAUCCAGAGUGAGGCUAAGUACAAGCAGCAAGGUAAGAAGGAAGUUUGCACCACUCUGUACUCCCAACUACCUGAGACUCUGGAAACCCAACACGCCAAGGAGGCCUCCCAGUUACAGAGUGAGACUAAGUACAAGGAGGCCGGGAAGAAGCAAGUGUCCAACACUUUGUACUCCCAACUACCAGAAACUCUGGAGACCCAGCAUGCCAAAGAGGCCUCCCAGUUACAGAGUGAGGUACACACAGUGCACAUAUCCAACACAGUGUUUGGAAUAUGA